GGGGGGCCAAUGGAGGCCGAGGGGCGGGGCCGGGCCCUCCCCCGGUAUAAGCGGCGGGGGGCGGGGCUCUCGCUCUCUCUGCGCUUCGCUCGCAAGAUGGCGGAGGCGACCAACUGCACCAUGGAGAAUUUUGUAGCCACCCUGGCUAAUGGGAUGAGCCUGCAGACUGCGGUAGAAGAUGUGUCCUGUCCCCAGGCCGAGAGCAGUGUGAAGCCCACAGCCGAGGAAAUGACGUCCAAGGAUUAUUACUUCGACUCCUACGCCCACUUCGGCAUCCACGAGGAGAUGCUGAAGGACGAGGUGCGCACUCUGACCUACAGAAACUCCAUGUUCCACAACCGGCACCUCUUCAAGGACAAGGUGGUUCUGGACGUGGGCAGCGGCACUGGGAUUCUCUGCAUGUUCGCGGCCAAGGCGGGCGCCAAGCGGGUCAUCGGGAUUGAGUGCUCCAGCAUCUCUGACUACGCUGUCAAAAUCGUCAAAGCCAACAAGCUGGACCAUGUGGUGUCCAUCAUCAAGGGCAAGGUGGAGGAGGUGGAGCUGCCGGUGGAGAAGGUCGACAUCAUCAUCAGCGAGUGGAUGGGUUACUGCCUCUUCUACGAGUCCAUGCUCAACACUGUCAUCUACGCCCGCGACAAGUGGCUGACCCCCGACGGACUCAUCUUCCCUGACCGGGCCACCCUGUAUGUCACAGCCAUAGAGGACCGGCAGUAUAAGGACUACAAGAUCCACUGGUGGGAGAACGUCUAUGGCUUCGACAUGUCCUGCAUCAAGGACGUGGCCAUCAAGGAGCCGCUGGUGGACGUGGUGGAUCCAAAGCAGCUGGUCACCAACGCCUGCCUCAUCAAGGAGGUCGACAUCUACACGGUGAAGGUGGAAGACCUGACGUUCACCUCGCCCUUCUGCCUCCAAGUGAAGCGCAAUGACUACAUCCACGCGCUCGUGGCGUAUUUCAACAUCGAGUUCACCCGUUGCCACAAGCGGACCGGCUUCUCCACCAGUACGGCCCGGGCGGGGCCAGGGGGCGGGGACUCUGGGCCCCGAGUCGCCCUACACCCACUGGAAGCAGACGGUGUUCUACAUGGAGGACUACCUGACGGUGAAGACGGGCGAGGAGAUCUUCGGCACCAUCAGCAUGAAGCCCAAUGCCAAGAACAACCGGGACCUGGACUUCACCAUCGACCUGGACUUCAAGGGCCAGCUGUGUGAGCUGUCCUGCUCGACGGAUUACCGCAUGCGCUAGCCCCCCAUGUCCGCCCCCCAUUGUGCUGUGUGCCCCCCCGGGGCGGGCCCAGAGCCGUGGGCGCCGGCCACGACUCCCCUUCUCAUGGCGAGGGGGGGCACAGAGCUGCCGCUGACUCUCCCCUCCCUGCGUGGCCCUUGGCGGGGGGGGGGACGGACACUAUCUCCCUCUGCCUUGGGGCCCCCCCAUCCCUCCCUCCCGUCUGCUUUUAAACCAGCGACCCCCCCCCCCAGUAACAAGUACCUCACUGCCCCCCCCCCCCCCACACACACACACUCUGCUGUGCCGUGGGGCACCCACGAGAGGUGCCAGGGCCUGGCUGAGUCCCUCUGCUCCGGUGGGGGGGUGGGGCUGCCCUGUUUUUUAGCGGAGGGAGGGCAGGGCAGGGCAGGGGCGCUAUGGGGAGGGUCCCCAGUUUGUGUUUUGCUGACGGUUCUGGUCUCUAAUCCCCCCCCCCCUUUUACCCCCGCCCGGUUGAUACAUCGUGACUGUUUCAUAAGUUAUGUUUUUAUAUGGUUACAUUCAUGAGAAAAUAAAGAGAUGAAAUGGG